AAGCCCUUUCACUUUCACAGGACUGCUCUCCACUUGGCCUGUGCCAAUGGCCAUGUAGAUGUGGUGACUAUCCUGGUAGAGAGGAAAUGCCAGCUCAACCUCCGUGAUGAUGAAAGUAGGACAGCUCUAAUGAAGGCUGUACAAUGCCAAGAAGAGGCAUGUGCAACUAUUCUGCUGGAACACGGUGCUGAUCCAAAUCUUAAGGACAACAAGGGUAACACCGCUCUCCAUUAUGCAGCCUUUGGUGACAAUGUAUCAAUAGCAGAGAAGCUGCUUUUACAGAAUGCAGAUAUAGAGGCAAAAAACAAGGAUGACCUGACACCACUUUUAGUUGCUGUAAAUGAAAACAAAGAGCAAAUGGUGAAAUUUUUAGUAGGAAAAGGAGCAAAUAUACUUGCAGUUGAUAAGGUUAAAAGCAGUCACCAACUAAUUUCUGAACAUAAAGAAGAAAUGAAACCUGAAAAUUCUUCACAAAGUCACAAUCUAGGUAUGGUCCAAAGGAAUACUUUUCAACAAGUCAUCAUCGGUCUUACACUUUUAAUAUUCUGUAUUUUUCUACUGUUGAUUUAAAAUGUUUUUUGCUGCUUUCUUUACUAGUGGAUAAGAAUUCUGAAGAAGA